UUGAAAUAUAGUCGCAAGUUUAUUUCAGUGUAACUGGGGAACGCACUGAAAAGGCUAUUGUCAUGUUCAGGAAUUAUUUAAAGGUUUUGAAGCCUAACCCUCUUCUACAUAGGUGUCCAAUGUCAUGGAUGCACUGCCGCCACGAUUGUCAAGUAUCCUGUUAGAGCGGUUGCCCGACAUAAUAGUGACAGUGAAUACAUUUACAGCAUUUCUCAGCUGUACCGUUAUAGCCAGAGAAUAAACUGCUCAUUCCGGGUUACGAGGGGAACUUCAUCUAGCUAAAACUGGACAUUUAGUGUUGCCCUUCGUCAUCAAACAAAUUACAUCAGCAUCAGCUAAUGCAAAACCACAUAACUCAUUGCGUUCAGUCUGUAGCUAAAUCGUAUGAUGAGAUGUCUGUGCGUGCUCUGUAAUAUAAAAUAUAUUUGCCCGUAUGUGACCUGCUUUUAUAAUCUGCAAGGAAAGAGCUUCGACUGGAGUUCUGUCCCGAGGGAGCCGUCUGCCGUGGGUCCCCAUGAUGAGCAGUUCCCUGUUAUGGGCAGUGGAUGUGUAUGGAAGAGUGUACUCCCUGUCCACCGCUGGAGGGCGCUGGGAGCGGUCCAAGGACAAAGUGCUGGAAUUGAAACGAGUAACGGCUGUCAAACAGUGCUGCUGGGGCAUUGGGUGCGACAGUCAGCUUUACCUCAAUGUAAACCCAAGUGAUGUGGCAAUACGUUACCAAGAAGAGACAUAUGAAAACCAGCGUUGGAAUCCCUUGGAUGGCUUCACGGACUCAAUGCUGCCCACAGACCGCUGGCCAUGGACAGAUGAGGCAGGCCUGAACCCUCAGCCUCUGCACAGUUUCCAGCUGCCCUCUGAGAGCUGGGAGUGGGAGGGGGACUGGUUUGUGCACGAUGAGAGCUGUGGAAGACCAUCUACCAACACCGGGGGCUGGGAGUAUGCUGUGGACUUUCCCGCCAGCUUCAGCAAGGACAAAAAGUGGAACUCUUGUGUCCGUCGCAGACGAUGGCUUCGGAACAGACGCUACAAAGCCUUGGGCUUGUGGUCUAAGAUUCCUCUAGAUCGAGGUUGGCCCCCUCCACAGCCCUUUACUGACAUCAGCUGUGGCGGUCACCUGAUGGGCAACAGCAGUAAGAAGCACCUUUACCUCUGGGCCGUGUCCCAGCAGGGGAAGGUGUGGUUCCGCAGUGGCAUCCAGCACCUAAGACCAGAGGGCUGUCGCUGGGAGGAAGUGGCAGUCCCUGGUGAGGUUGCCCAGAUGAGCUGUGGCCCUGGAGACCUACUGUGGACAGUAUUAUGGGAUGGCCAGCUUCUCGUUCGAACGGGUGUCAGCUGCGAACAGCCCAAAGGAUCCUCUUGGACGGUGGUGGAGCCCCCUAAGAAGAAUAUGGGGGCUGCCCUUGUGUCUGUGGGAGUGUACGUGGUGUGGGCUGUCACCAAAGACAACAAAGUAUGGUUCAGGAGGGGUGUGAACUCCCAUAAUCCCUGUGGAUCGCGGUGGAUAAACAUAUCAGGAGAGAUGGUGAGCGUGAGCGUGGGGCCUAAUGACCAGGUGUGGGGCAUCGGGAGCGAGGACCGUACCAUCUAUUUCCGACAAGGGGUGACCGCCAGCCAGGUGACGGGGACUGGCUGGAUUCCAGUACACGCCCAGUGGGACAGCUCACGGCCAGCCGAGGGCCACCCAAGCCAUGACUACAGGGGGAGGAUGACGGACUCUUCCCAGGGCUCCGUGCUGGGCCUGGAGGAGUCUCUGGGAGGACCGGACUGUCCCAUCCCUAAAGCAACCAUCCCAAAGAUCACCAGCGACAGCUUCAUCUCUGCUCUGGUGUCGGACCGCGAGUGCACCAUCAGACCUGUGGGCAGCAAGCCGCUACCCACUGUGCCUGCAGAGGACCAGGACCAGGCCCAGGACCAGGACCAGGACCAAGAGGCAGACGGUGGGGAUGAAGAGGUCCUUUCUUCCCUGAGCGAGAUUCCCUCCAAGGCAACUGGUGUCGACCCAUGGAGCAACGUGGAUCUGGAGGAAGAGGCCAAGGGCAAGCCUCCUGCUGGCCCAGGAGAAGCUGCUGCCCAGCGGGCCUCUGUGGCUACUUACUCCCUGGAGCUGCCGGAGGUGGAGGAGAGGCCGCCGUGGGCCUGGGUCAGUGGGGGAGGCUGUGUUUUCACCUCGGACUCUAGGAUUGGCUGGCUGGAGUCCUCAGAAGAUAAGACCAGUUCUCUCUCGCUGGCAAUCACUCCAGCACAUGCAUCAGCCGAGAAGAAGAAGGAGGCGUCAGAGGAACAGAUCUUUGAGAAGUCGGUAAGUGUCACCAAAGGACGCCUGCGCUGGUGGAGAGAUUGGCAACCCCACCAGUGGGAGGACGUUGGCAUCGCUCUAGAGCAGGCCAGAACUGAGCGGGGCCGCAGAGAAGACAUCCUCUAUCUCUACUACAAACACAACGAUGAGAAAAAGUUCCUCUGUACUCCCAUGAGUGACGUGACAGCCCUGGUCCCCAAGAUCAGGGAGUCCCUGUACUGCUUUGCCAUCUACACCUCAGAGAGAACCAGACAGAGGUGGCCAUUACUGCUCUCCACACUGACCCAGCAAGACCUGCAGCAAUGGCUGUCUCUUCUCGGUGAGUCCUGCUGCCACAGCAAGGGCAUUGUGGGUAAGCCCUCAGAACAAGCCCUGUGGGCUGUGACGUCCAAGGGAGACAUCAUGGUGCAUGAGCCCGCACCCAGCCUGGAGGCUCCAACAUCAAGCCCAGCCUGUGACCACAUGUUCUGGUAUCAGGUCCCAGGCCACCUGCACACGGUGGAGUGUAAUAGUCUGGGUGUGGUGUGGGGCAUUGGCUAUGAUGGCACAGCUUGGGUCUACACGGGUCACAGGGGCGGCUCCGUGGAGGCAGGCAGCGGGGAUCAUCAGCGCCCACUGGCAGACGUCAGGAGCAUAUUCAUCUACGAGAACCAGCGCUGGAACCCCCUGGCAGGAUACACAGACAAGGGCCUCCCCAUGGACCGACACAUGUGGAGCGAUGCCUCUGGGCUGAGGGAGUGCACCAAGGCCAGCACCAAACCACCCUCACCACAAUGGACCUGGGAGACAGACUGGGCUGUGGACCACAGUGCCCCGGAAGGAAGCGACAAGGAAGGCUGGCAGUAUGCUGCUGACUUCACUGCAGCCUAUACUGGCAACAAGACUCUCAAGGACUUUGUGAGAAGGAGGCGCUGGAUCAGGAAGUGUAGAAUACAGCUGACUGGUCCCUGGGAGGAAGUCCCGCCCAUUCCACUGAGUGACAUCACCAUCCUGCCCUGCUUGGCCAAGAGCAGCAUGGAGCAGGUUCCCCUCUGGGCCAUCAGUGAGAGAGGAGACAUCCUGUGUCGACUGGGUGUGACCAGAGACAACCCUGCCGGCAGCUCCUGGCUUCAUGUUGGCACUGAUCAGCCAUUCUGCUCCAUUUCCAUUGGUGGAGGUCACCAGGUGUGGGCCAUCGCCCGAGACAACUCCGUCUUCUACCGGGGCUCUGUGUCGGCCCAGAAUCCUGCAGGUGACUGUUGGUACCACAUCCCCUCUCCACCCAAACAGAACCUCAAGCAGCUCUCUGUGGGGCGGACGUCUGUUUACGCUGUAGACGAGAACGGUAAUCUGUGGUACAGACAUGGUGUGACACCCAGCUAUCCCCAGGGCACAGUGUGGGAACUCAUCUCCAACAACGUGAGCAAGGUCACUGUAGGCCCACUGGAUCAGGUUUGGAUCAUCGCAGAGAAAGUGCCUGGCUGUCCUUCAGAGAGUCCUGGUACCGUCUGUCACCGGGUCGGGGUGCAGCCCAUGCAACCCAAAGGCCAGAGCUGGGAUUUUGGUAUUGGGGGGGGAUGGAUGUACCUGUCGGUGAGGGGGAACGCCCUGGAGGCACAGCGAGCCCCCGCCCGCAGCCCACAGCCCCCCCGCGCUCAGAGGCAGGUGAACGGAAACAUCAUUGCAUGCUGAGCGUGGUCAUCUUCCACAUCACUGUCCUCGCUCAUCACAAUAAGCUUGUGACCCGCUGUUCUGGGGUCAGUCAGGAGUCACUCACACCCUGCAUGCCCUGUGGUCCAGUGAUCUGGAGUCAGGCAUCCCAUAAUUACACACGUUACAUUCCUCUCCCCUAUUAACCAUUAUGUGACUUUUGUCUGAUUUUGUGUUGAAGCAUGAUUUUGUUUUUAUUUUUAUUGCUGACCAUAAGAGAUUUAUUGGGUUCUAUGAAAUAGAAUGUUUGUACAUUAAUGGUACUAACCAUUAAUAACAAGGUAUUAACAUCUUAAUGAGGAUGCGGUGUAUUUUUUGUUCUGCUAGUUAACCCUUUCAAUAUUCUUUCAUCUUUACAUGUGAUUCCUAAAAUGACAUUCCCCUGCACCCAAGAAAAGCCUCAUAUUGUUGCAUGGCAGACCUUUUGAAAACAUAUAAACCUAAAUGAUUCACAAUAUGCUGCCUUGAAACAAUGUAAGGGUAUCUCUGUACAUGACCCAUGUCGAUAAUACAUUUAUUUUGUGGUUGAUGAUCUUUAAGGUGUGUUUUUGUUUGCUAGUUUGAAUCUAAUGUAACUGAGGUUCUUUGGUUGGUGUUUUAAAUGGAAAGGUGCUGCAAUAUAAAUGAUCAUACAGAUGUGUAAAA